AUGACCUUCACCGCAGCUCCCCGCGCUCUCCGCCUGCUCCAGGCCACGCUGCUCUUUCUUCUCCUGGUCUCUGCGGGCCAGCGCGCAGCAGGGGCGCCCGUGGUUUCCGAACUGCGAUGCCAGUGCGUGCAGACGUUACAGGGAAUCCACUUCAAGAACAUCCAAAACGUGAAGGUGACGCCUUCCGGACCCCACUGCGGCCAAACUGAAGUCAUAGCCACUCUCAAGAAUGGGCAGGAAGUUUGUCUCAACCCCACUGCCCCCAUGGUUAAGAGAAUCAUCGAAAAGAUACUGAAAAAUGGCAAUUCCAACUGA